AUGGCAUGGCAAGUACUAUUUUUCUACUUUUCUUUAUUUUCUAUUGCUGCUUCCAAUGAAUUCCACUACUCAAUUUUAGAGGAGCUGAAGCUAAAUUCUGUUGUUGGUAAUGUUGCAGAAGAUUUGGGACUGAACAGCAGCAAUCUCAAAAUGAGAAAAUUAAGAAUUGUCUCUCAACACAAUAGAAAUUAUUUUAAUAUAAGCAUAGAAAAUGGCAAUUUAUAUGUCAAUGAAAGGAUAGACAGGGAGGAGAUAUGUGGGUCAGAGCAGAGUUGCUUUCUGGAUCUUGAAAUUUUGGCAGAAAAUCCAGUUAACAUUUAUUCAGUAAAACUUGAAAUCCAAGAUAUAAAUGAUAACCCACCAAAUUUUCCAAAUGAAGUAGUGAAUAUACAAGUAAGUGAAUCCACUUUGCCUGGAGCACGAUUUGUUCUUGAACAUGCAAAAGAUCUAGAUUUAGGCAUAAAUUCUUUACAGAGUUAUAAUCUAAGCCCAAAUCCAUACUUCUCAUUGGUGGAAAAAAAUGAGAUCAACAUGGUAUAUCCUGAACUCACUUUAGUGCAGUCUUUGGAUCGUGAAAAGCAACAAAAAUAUGAAUUAAUUUUGACUGCUUUUGAUGGAGGAAAACCAAUAAAAAGUGCAACUGCUAUUAUCAAAAUUGAUGUUCAGGAUGCAAAUGACAAUUAUCCAGAAUUUAGUAAAACUAUUUAUAAAAUUAGUUUAAAUGAAAAUGUACCAAUUAAUUCUGUAGUUAUAAAUUUGAAUGCCAGUGAUAACGAUGAAGGAUCCAAUGCUAAAAUUUCAUAUUCUUUUAGUCAUAUUACUGAAAAUGCGAAACAAGUACUUAAUAUUGAUUCUAAGAGUGGCGUUAUUAAAACGAUAGGAAAACUGGAUUAUGAAGCAACACAAACUUAUGAGAUGACUGUAAAAUCUGCUGACGGUGGAGGCCUAGUCACACAAUGUACUGUUUCAAUACAAAUUGUGGAUGUUAAUGACAACGCUCCUGAGAUAACAAUUGCAUCACUGUAUACACCAAUUUCAGAGGAUUCUACACCUGGAACUCUUGUGGCUUUAAUUAACAUAAAGGAUUUGGAUUCUGGGGAAUAUGGAGAAGUGAACUGCCAAAUUACAGAUAUAAAUCCACUUAAAUUAAUUCCAUCAUCCAAUAAUUAUUACAAACUUGUAACUGCAGGUCCACUUGACAGAGAAACAACCCCAGAAUAUAACAUCACAAUCAUAGCAGAAGAUGAAGGCUCUCCUCCAAUGAUAACUAAGAAAACUAUUUAUAUUAUUGUUUCAGAUAUGAAUGACAAUGCACCAGAUUUUGGAAAACCCUUUUAUAUUUCUUAUAUUCCUGAGCAUACCCCAGCAGGAACGUCAAUACAGAAUGUCCACGCAUCUGACAUAGAUCAAAAUGAGAAUGCUAGGGUCAUUUAUUCUAUCAACAGAAAUAUUGAUGAUAUUCCAGUCACAUCAUAUGUUUCCAUAAACUCAAUAAGUGGGGUGAUCUAUGCCCAGAGAUCUUUUGACUAUGAACAGUUGCGGGAAUUUCAGUUCCAGGUGAUGGCUAAAGACAGUGGAUCUCCUCCUCUAAGCAGUAAUGUCACAGUGAGGAUAUGUAUCAUUGAUAAGAAUGAUAAUGCUCCUAAGAUUCUCUACCCAUCACCAGCCUCUGAGGGAUCAGCAUUGUUUGAGUUUAUUCCUCCUUCUGCUGAAAAAGGUAAUCUAGUCACCAAAGUGAUUGCAGUGGAUGCUGACUCUGGCCACAAUGCCUGGCUCUCCUAUCACUUACUACAAGUUCCUGAACCAUCAUUAUUCACCAUUGGCCAGUAUACUGGUGAAAUUAGAAUUGGAAGAGAUCUUCCAGAUAUGGAAUCUUUGAGACAAAAACUUGUGGUUCUAGUGAAGGAUAAUGGUGUCCCAUCUCUGUCAUCUACAGUUACUUUGAACUUGGUUGUGGCUGAGAAUUUUCAACAAGUUGCUCCAAAAAUAAGAAGACAACCCAGUAACCCAUUACCUGCUUCUAAUGCAACACUCUAUCUUGUCACAGCUAUAGCCCUCAUCUCUUUUUUGUUUAUUGUGACAGUUUUCAUUGCAAUGUUAUAUAAGUGCAGAAAACCAAGCACUGCAACACACUUUGAAGCUUUUAGUAGAAAUGUGUAUCCUCAGUUCACCUUAGGAUGUCCUUCUGAGAUCAGUGAUACAAGUUUACCUUUCCCAUUCUCAUAUGAUGUUUGUGUGACUUUGGACUCAAAACAGAAUGAAAUUGCUUAUUUGAAACCAGUGCAGAAUGUCCCGACAGACAAUCUUAUAGACACUGAGGAUUCUGCUGUUGGAACAGAGUUGACAAAUGUUAACUUUAACACAAGCAUCAAUACACAGGUAUGCAAGAUAUAUUUGUAG